CGAGCAGUGAACUGGUACGAGUAAUUGGUCAGUUCGCCACUUCGCCAUGCUCGAUUUGUUAUAAAGACAAUAUUUUGUGAAAUAUUUUUUGUAUUAUUUUAAUAAAUUCUUGUGAAAAUUUAAACACACAUGAUUCAGUCGAGGAUAACUUGUUAAACAAUGCUUGUAAUGGAUAAGGUCGUUGCUCUUAUUGCAAUAGCAGUAGCAAAGAAGGCUUCGGCAUACGCUGUAGUUCGUGUAAGUGAAGAACUAUAUUGUAAUAUUUGUUCAGUACACGUUUUUUAUGGAUUAUAUUUGUUUAUUUCAUAUUUACUUGUAAAAGAAAUGCAAAAAAAUCAAUGUUCAAUGCUACAGAAUUUUUUACAUCUUCUAUUUUGUUCUAUCGAGGUUAUAAUUCGUAGAUUGUUUACGGGUAUUUAUAUUAAUUUAUAGAUAGAUUUUAGUGUCGUCAUAUUAGAGCUGAAAAUGAUGUAAUAUUUAAUAUAUAUUAUCUGUUGUAAACUAAGAAAGUUAUAGCCUAAGUGGUAAACGUGUGUUAAGCCUUUAACAUUAUAUAGGGAUCAAAACAAAGUUGAACAUCACUGCUCCGAAAAUCCAAGGUCACUAAUUAUCACUUAUUUACUGAGACCGAGGGAAACUGUGUUUUGUGGACCCUCGACCGUCGAUGUUUCCCGAGGCGAAUUUGUGGACCCGAGACCGUCGAUUAGACGGUCGAGGGUCCACAAAACACACUGCUUUCCCAAGGUCUCAGUAAAUAAGUGUUUUAUUAUAUAUCAAUAGUCAAAGAAACAACAAAUUAAAGAACAAAUGAACGUAAAUACAUGAAAUAUUUUAUUGUUAAAACGUUAUAUUAAACAUUGGCUCAGGGCUCGAAAUAACGGCCGAUCAACGAUCAAUGAUCGGCAGAAAAUUGUUUUUGAUCAGGGAAAAAGCAACGUUGCCGUUCAUCUUGAUCGGCAAGAAAUAUAUUUGACCAUUGUCUGAAAGACAUGCUUGCCUGUAUGCGGUAAAAGACAAAUAAAGGUAAUACAAAACACAAUGUCAUUCAAAAACAUGUGAAAAGCUCUUGUUUAUAGUUGAUACGAGUCAUACGACAGGAAAGGCCGCAAGACUAUUCUCGCUCUAAAGUAAUUUACUAUAAAACAAAUUUGCAAGAAAUACUGUCGUCUCUUCAACAGUCUGCAAUCCGAACCACUGACAACGAACACUUUUGUUAUAAUAUUAAAAUUUCAAAUUGAUAGGGUUUUUUGAGUAGGAUUUUUUAUUUUUAGUAGGAUUUUCUCUUUUAAUAUUAAAUAAUAAGUUUUAGUUCUUAAUUGAUAAUGCUGCUGUGUUUCUUGCUUUUGUGUGAAAAAAAUGCAAUAGCUAUAAUAAAUUAAAACUUGAAAAGUGUUACACUAUUACUAUUGGUAUUUAAUAAACUUGAAUUUGAAAUGAAGUUAAACUUCCUGUUCAGAUGUGUAUUGGCAUAUUUAGAAUUUUUUCAAGGAAACUCAGGCAAAUGCUCCUGAUCGGUCAGAUUUUUAUUUGAUCUGCAAAAAGUCGUAAUUGCCGAUCACCAUGAUCGGGAACGUUGGGAACGUUAUUUCGAGCCCCGUUGGCUACACUGCAGUUACUUAAAGCGAACGUUUUAAUUACGUACUAGGCAUGUCCAAAGGUCGCAUCUUCACGUGAUGGCGCACAUGAUUUUUUUUGUUAUUUGCCGGUCGAUAACGUAUUAUCUCUCUCUCGUGCUGUUGCGAGGGAGACAGCCUAAUUUCGUCACUCUCACGUGAUAUGCUCUCAACCAAUAAAACACUAGAAAAAUAUGACUUUGACUAUUGAUAUAUAAUAAUUAAUAUUAUUGCAAUACCAAUUUAUAAAUAGUCAUUUGUAUUUGAUCAUGCAGUACUCAUUUCCAACCACCAAACUGACAUGAGAUCAUUUUCAGAAGAUGGAAGAAGUGUUAAAUGGUAAUGUAAUUAACCAAAACCCUACCCUAACCCCAACCAUCACCCUAACCAAAAUAAUCAAGAAAAUCCAAAAAGAAUCAACUUUUUCAAUUAACAUCAGUUUGGUGGUUGGAAAUGUUGGAAAAGGAGUGUGACAGGUUGUGUGAUUGUGAUUGUAUAACAGACAUUAGAUCAAGGCAGACUUGCCUUCUUUGCUAUCUUUGAAAAUGAUAUAUAAUGAAUUUGAUACGAACGUCUGCAGUUCUGCUUCCCUAAAAUAAUGUUCACGAGUCAUAGCUAGGAGACUGCACUGAAAAACUAAGUCAUUGCUUUAGUUCCAGCAGAACCCCUAUGUGAGAGUUUAAUAAAAGUUUCAUACCCUGGUCAAACAAGAACAAUUAGAGUUGCCUAAAAAUUGAUGAGAGUUAAUUAUUGACUGGAUAUUACUGAUCAAACAAGCAAAACCUUUCAUCAACUCUCAUCAGCUCUCACCAACAUUUGAACCAGCUCAAGGUUGAUGCAGAGAGCUGAUGAGUGUGCAUAAGAGUGAAUGAGAGUGCAGUACGUCAAGUGUGAGCAAGAGUUAUAACUCGCAUCAACUCUCAACCUUGUUAGGGGGCUUAAAUUUUUGUGCUCUUUCAAAUAUGUAAAGGUCCCACAAGUCAUGUAAGCACUUUAACUGCAUGGAAAAGACUAACUAAAGCAGUUGCCAAAUGCAACAUAGAACAUGCUUAUUAUUGCCUUAUUUUUAAGACUUCUGUAGGAAGUGCAUUGAUAAUUAAUGGCUGUUGCAAAAGCUUCAAAAUUGACUAAUCACAUUUCUAUCAUCUUUCACAAAGAUUGUGCCAUAUCCAGUAGCUUUGUGGGGAAAGGUCUAGCUAUUAAAUUGUAUCUGCAGCUGUAGACCCAGGGGUGAAUGCAGAACUGCUAAAGGUGUUCAGGGUGUUAGCUACAGUAAAAAAUUCUGCGUUAAACACGGUUUUCCCAAUUACCUUGAGGUCGCAAUUUCCCAAUUUGGGUCAGCCAAAAAAUAGUUAUAGAAAUUCAAUGUUGUUAAUACGCCAUUAAAAACAUGUUUAUAACUACAUUUGCUCAAAAUUACUCCCAAAAUGUGGGAAAUGCCAUUUCAAAGACACAAAAAUUUUAAAAAUCGAGAGGGGGCAACCGCAUGCCCCCAGACCCACGAAGAAAUGCCCGACUUCAGGCUAAAAUAAUUUACCAAUUUCAGGUGAACGCGGAUUUUUUUUAACACCCUGGUGUUUUUCAGGGGGGAAACCCUUGCAGGAAUUCCCAUAAAUGAAGGAAAUGUGGAUACUGCACUGGUUUCAACUUUUUUUAAGGGAAUGACUUCGUCCAAAAAUUUGCCCAUCUGUGAAACCUUACAAUAAAAAUUUAGUCAGUUCACAUGCUAGCUGAACUCAAAUAAUCUCACAAUUUAUACGAAAAGACUGGCAACCAGAGAUUAUAUUUAUAAUUCAUGAAUGUAUAUUCUUAGGAAAGCACAGUGCCAUGCACCCACCUAAUAGACACAUAAUAAUGUAUUUUCUAGUAUUAUGGAUUUCCAAGAGUGUAUAGAAGAUUUUGUGAAUUCAACAAAAGAGUGACUGACAACAAGCAGAUAAUUGAGAGAAGGCAGAACAUAGCAAAAUAUUGUAUCAGAUUGCCAGGUCGAAUAUAUUCAUUUUGGUAUGUAGUGUGUUUUUUCAAUGAAUCUAGGAUUGCUUCUGACAAUAGGGCUGAUCAGCAAUUUGAGAAAAAUGACCCCCUCACCCCCGCCCCCCUCUAUACCCUCCUAUUAUUAUUUUACUCUGGGUGUCUAACAAUUUCGACAAUUUUGUACUUAUAAGCAAAAGGUGACCUAGUAAUGGGUUAAUUUAUGGAUAUUAAUACGUCUACUCUCGUUGGUAUAUGUACCAGGGCUCGAAUUUUAUCGCGGCAAUUGCCGUAGAGGGAGUACAAAAUGCCGUGGAUCAUUGCGGAAACGACGGCAACUUUUUGCCGUAUAGUAUAAUUUUUAUACUAUUCACUAAAUUACCAUUGAUUAACAAUAAAAUUAAAUUUUUGUUACAGUAAUUUGAAAAAAUGCCGUGGAAACUGCCAAAAUUGCCGUAGACAGCUGUUACGUUCUACAGCAAUUUUUAACGCCAUUGCCGAUUUGCCGUCGAUUGAUUUCAGGGAAAUUCGAGGCCUGAUAUGUACCAUCUGGAAUGAAUAAAUGACUUCUUGGCUGUAGACUAGUUAUGGCCGAAGCUUUGCUUUUACCCAUGCAUUUACGUAAAUUAUAUAGUCUUUAAUUAUAUGGUACUUUCUUUUUUCUAGGACCCUCAAAAGUCGCAAAUCAUGAUCACAUUGAAGAAAAAUAAUUUAUUUGGAGUGCUUCCUUUGUACAUAAUAUUUGCGCGACAAAGAUUUCUAAUAAACAUUUUGUGAGAACAAAGUAGGUAACACUAAAGAGACGAAGAGCAGUACUGCAUUGGUCUCAAGUAAAAAACAAAAUUACAAAACGAAAUGAGUUCAGAGAAUCGGAAAAGCACGAAAACGGUUUCAGCUUUGUAAAACGGCUUUGGUGCAAAAUUUUGCAUAUGAACUAACGAACAUUAUACACUUAUUGGACGAGGUUGAGCAAAGGCAUCGGCAAAUAAUUGAUCUGCUCGCCACUGACAAAUCGCGAUAUUUUGCGAUAACCGAGUUCAAUAAUUGUUUUAUCAUUUACUGUUUUAUCAUUUGUGGCCGUCACGAAGUUCAACAAAUCUGUACAAUAACAAUAUCUUAAAAUUUGACGAGCCAUAUGUUUAAAUGCGCAUGCGUAAAUCGAUAUUUUGCAAUUGAGAAUUGAUUUCAAAAGUGCGCAUGCUCAGACCAUUAUUUGCACCAGUUAUUUGCAGCUGACGUAUUAUUCUCACCAGUUACUUGUAGGAAAAUUAGCCAAUCAACGUUGAGAAAAUCAAUACGUAAAUGAUAAAAUGAUUUACUUUUAUUACCGAUUGUAAUAAAUGAUUUCAAUUCAUUUUUCAAGUGUUUUUUUGUGUUGUCCACAAUACUUUAAUGUGUUGUGCGCAGGGGCGUAACUAGAGGGGUG